AUGGAUCCCAUGGAAUAUGCACAGGCUAUGAAACAAGAUGGAAACCAGGAUUUUAAAAAUGGGAAUUACUCUUUGGCCAUCAGAAAGUACGACCAAGCUCUGUAUGUGCUUGGUUGCUCGUUGCACUGGGACCCGUGCUCCAAGGACAUAGCUGUGCUACACUGCAACAAAUCAACUGCCUUGUACUGUCUUGGUAAAUGGAGAGAAGCAAUGCUGGCAGCCUACGAGAGCUUACGCUGGGAUCCGAAGUAUGUUAAGGCUUAUUACAGAGCUGGCCACUCAUGGAUCAUGUUGCUGAAUCCUCACGAGGCAAUUCUGAUGUUUUAUAAAGGUUUACUUCUCCUGAAUGCUUCUGCAGAUCAAAGUCAAGCUGCUGAUUUUAUAGCAGGAAUCUUCAUGAGUGUCAAUGAUGAACGAGUCUUUCCACAAACCUUCCCCAUGGCCUACAGCUUCGUUCUCCACGCGCGCUUUGACGCGCUCAUCUGGCAAGCGGUGAUAGAGAGGUUGGCCCAGAAAGGGAAGUGGAGGUCUUGUCUGUUGUUGUUGUCUGAAAAGAAAGCCCUGCCCUCCAAUCUCAGAGUCAACCAGGUGUCACUGAAGAAUCUAUUUGAGACUUCUGAGUUGUAUGGCUACGGCGAGAAGAUGCAAGAAGUGGCAGAGUUAGUCAAGUGGCUGAUUUCCAUGGGAGCAAAAGUUGAAACCAUUGGACUGUAUGUGCUUCAUGCUGUCAUCAGACUGUGUAUCAGAGCAAGAAAGAACCAUCUCUUCAAGUGGUUACUGACUCGGAAGCCGGAUUUAAAGGACAGGAUCAACGAGCAGGACAGGGACGGAUGCACUCUCCUGCAUGUUGUGGCAUCUUCCAGCGAAUACGCCCAGAAACGCAGCCAAGUGGAAGAUGUGGUCAUGCUGCUGAAUUUUGGGGUUGAUCCCACUGUUCCAGAUGCACAGUCAAGAUAUGUCAUAGAUCUCUUGAAAAGGAACAAAAACUUUGAUGCUGUAAAAGCAAUCGACAGUCACAUUAAGAAACACGCUUCCUCUGAGACAGGGCAGGGUAAAAGCAGAGCCGUGGCUGAUACAGAUUCUCUCCUGGAUGUUCUUGAACAGUUUGUCCAGUUCUACAGGUUUGAAAAUGGAGCACAUCAUAGAGAUGUAUGGAAAGAGGAUGCAGUUAAGCAGUUUCUGAAACUGCUGUCUUCUGUGAAAGAAAUCCCUGAAGGGGUGAAUUGCAACAUCUCCAAUGCCUGUGCUAACAGCUUCAUAAAGCAGUUGCUGGAGAAGAAACUGUGGCAUGCAGUUUUGCUGCUGCUAACAGGGAAAGCCAGUGGGGAAGAGCCAUCAGCUGGAGGCCUCUUCAGAAACUGCAGCCUUUUGGACGUUGAUAUUGGCAACGUUAUCCAACAGUGUGACAGACUGGAUAAACAAGUGCACCUCAUAAGAUGCUUGAUUGAACGAGGAGCUCUGCCAGAUGGGAUUGGAACCAACUCUGGAAUACCACUGCAGAUAUGCCUCCAAAAGCAUUAUUUUGAUCUGGUGUACUUGCUGCUGACCAAAGGUGCAGAUCCUCAAAAUGUCUCCAUUGCACAAGGAGAUACUCCUUUGCAUGCUGCAGUUUCCAUCUGUUUAACCAAAAGAGAUGCCACCAGUUUAAGCAUCCUGAACUAUCUACUUAAUCUCUUUGCUUCAAACCCUUCUGACUUCCCGUAUCUUAACCCAAACGUACAAGAUGAUAAUGGAGAUACAGUGAUGCAUCUUCUCUUUCAGAGAGGAUUUUCAAAACAGGCUGUUAGAAUAGUGGAGUCAUUGGCAAAAUUUGAUAUUAACUUCAAUAUAAAAAACAAAUUCGGAAGAGAUGUGAGGCAUGGAAUAAAAAAAAAUGACCAACUGCUACGUGCCUGGAACAGUGCUGUGCUGGAGAGAAAGAGGUACCGGCAGGUUGGAGCAGGGCAGUCGCUUAAAACUUCUAAGCCUGUUCCAGCCUCUGAGAUUUCACAACCAAAGGGUGGAGGGCGUUCUUCGUCUGGGUCCUCAUUAAAAGCACCAUCUGGCAAUGCAGUGCCAAGGGAUUUAAAAACUCCCUGUUCUGUAAAGACAAAGAAAGAUCCACUGGCGAAGCAGGAAACAGAAAGAGUAAAUAGUCCCUUAACGCUGCAGGAAAGUCUGGUGCAGGCCAUCACAGCUUUAAUUCAGCAGCUGAAGCUGGGUGACACCCUGAAGAAGGGCCAUCCUCCGGUGCAAAAGCCAUCUUCAGCCCAGACUAAUUUGAAAGAGGGAAGAAGUGAGUCCUCACCACCUUGUGGAAGCAUUGCGUAUCCUGAGGGAAAAAGGGAGAAGAACACGGGAGUAAGGGAAUUCAGUAUGGCCCUGCCUAAUGGAGAGAAGGAAGAACCAGAGGAAGGGAAGAUUCUGGAUAUUGAGACUUAUGUGCAGGAGUUUGAUAACAUGACCUGGGAAAUAGAGUGCACUCCUGAAAUGCUGAAGACUCUGGGCAGCAAAACUGUGCCUCGUUAUUUGAAAACUAGAACUAUAAUGACAAUUAAGCAGCUUGGCAAUGGGGAGUGGACUAAGGGCCUUCAGAAGCCACUGAAACACUUGAAAGCUGAUAUCCAGCUGUAUGAAGCCAAGCUGGGCAAAGGUGCCAGAAUGCUGUGGGAAUUGGCAAUUGAUUUUUCUCCUCGUUGCAGUGAGAGCGCUGAGAAGAUCAUGGAGACAGAACAGACACAAAGUCAUCCAGAAAAAUCAGGGAGAGUUUACACAGAAAUAAUCAGGAUUUGGGCCAUUGUUCUGGACCACUGCAAGCUGAACCGUGUCUUAGAUAAUAUUUGCAUUUCCCACAAUCGUGGCUUGUCCUGCAUCUUGAGGAAGAAGCUCAAAGGCAUAAACGGAGGGCAGCAGAACCACAACAUCACAACACAGAAGCGUGUGCCACGGUGUUACGUGGAAGACUCGGAGGCACAGAAGUCCAAGGAGCGCACCAUACCUGAGUACUUCCCUCCAGCCAGCCCAGCAGAGCUGGAGUACAAUAUAAUGAAAUUUCACAGCUUCAGUACCAACAUGGCACUCAACAUCAUAAAUGAUGUACAUUCCUCUGUGGAAUACCCGUUCCGAGUGGGGGAGUUGGAGUAUGCAGUAAUUGAUCUCAAUCCAAAGCCCAUGGAACCAAUCAUUUUAAUUGGGCGAAGUGGGACAGGGAAGACAACUUGCUGCUUGUACAGGCUUUGGAAAAAAUUCUGUUCAUACUGGGAAAAAGCUACCUUGGCAGGCAGUCCUCUCCUGGAGAGGCAAACUUGGCAGCAAAGACAGUGCAAUGAGGUUGAAAGAGCUAGGGUAGAGAGGGAAGAGAGUGAGCUAGAACAGGACAGUGAUGAUUCGAGUGAGGAGCAGGCGAGUGAUGAGCAAGACCAGGACAAUGGGGAUGAAAGUGUUCCUGUGGGCACAGCUGGUGCAGAAAUUAGUCCAGGUGACAAUCAGGAAGACCAAAUGUGUAGUGCAGAAACAUCAAACGUGCUGGAGCACCUUCACCAGAUCUUCGUGACAAAAAAUCCUGUCCUGUGCCAAGAAGUUCAGAAGAAUUUCAUUGAACUUAGCAAGUCUUCCAAGGUAACCAGUCACUUCAAGCCUCUGGAGCCAAAUGUUCACAGGCUACAAGACAUUAAAGAUGAAAACUUUCCCUUGUUUGUCACCUCCAAGCAGUUGUUGCUCUUACUGGAUGCAUCCUUGCCUGACCCGUUUUUUCCAAGAAACGAAGAUGGAAGCCUCAAAAGAAUCAUUGGUUGGAGUGCUCAGGAAGACUUGGUUGUACCAAACUGGCAAGACAAGGAUGAAGAUGAUGACGUUGAAGCAGAACAUACUGAGGAUGGAGCUGCAGAUGCUUACUCCAGGGAAAAUGAUCCUCGGACAUUUGUGACUUACGAUGUUUUUGCAAAUGAAAUAUGGCCAAAAAUGAUCAAAGGUAAAACCUUGUACAACCCAGCACUGGUCUGGAAAGAAAUAAAGUCCUUUCUGAAAGGGUCUUUCGAGGCACUGAGUUGCUCUGGGGGUAAACUGACUGAGGAGCAGUACAAAAAGCUAGGCAGAAAGAGGUCCCCGAACUUCCUAGAAGACAGGAGUGAGAUCUAUCAGCUCUUCUGCCUUUACCAGCAGAUCCGCUCGCAGAGAGGCUACUUCGAUGAAGAGGAUUUGCUGUAUAACUUAUCGCAGAGGCUCUCAAAGCUCGGGGAGCUGCCGUGGUCCAUCCAUGAGUUUUAUGGUGAUGAGAUACAGGAUUUCACCCAGGCUGAGCUAGCACUCCUGAUGAAGUGCAUCAACGACCCCAACGCCAUGUUUCUGACUGGGGACACCGCCCAGAGCAUAAUGAAGGGUGUUGCGUUUCGCUUCAGUGAUCUGAGGUCACUGUUUCAUUACGCAAGCAAGAACUCCCUGAGCAAGAAGCAGCGAGUUAGGAAGCCUAAAAGGAUAUAUCAGCUCUACCAGAACUACAGGUCCCAUUCAGGUAUUCUCCGUUUAGCAUCUGGAGUGGUUGAUUUGCUUCAGCAUUAUUUCCCAGAAUCUUUUGAUCGACUUCCUAAGGACUGUGGUCUCUUUGAUGGACCAAAACCUACUGUCUUGGAGUCCUGCAGUGUUAGUGACUUGGCAAUUCUGCUGAGGGGCAACAAAAGGAAAACACAGCCGAUUGAAUUUGGAGCACAUCAGGUGGUGUUAGUAGCAAAUGAGACUGCAAAGGAGAGGAUCCCGGAGGAACUUAAUUUAGCACUCGUACUGACAAUUUAUGAGGCAAAGGGCUUAGAAUUUGAUGAUGUGCUUCUUUACAACUUCUUCACAGAUUCAGAGGCUAGCAAAGAAUGGAAGAUCAUUUCUUCUUACACUGCUGAUUCAGAUGUGCAAGUAAGAAGUAAACCACUAAUGGAAGUUCCUUUAGAGGAUGCUGCUGGUACUCAGAAAAGAACUCCUUUUAAUGUAGAAAUGUUCAAGAUGCUGAAUGGAGAACUAAAACAAUUGUAUACAGCUGUUACAAGGGCCAGAGUCAAUCUUUGGAUCUUUGAUGAGGACAGCGACAAACGAGCCCCAGCUUUUAAGUACUUCAUCAAAAGAGAUUUUGUCCGGGUUGUCAAAGCAGAUGAAAAGAAAGACUUAGAUGACAGCAUGUUUGCUAAAACUUCAACUCCAGAAGAAUGGAUUGCACAGGGAGACUACUAUGCUAAACAUCAGUUCUGGGAGGUUGCAGCCAAGUGUUACCAAAAAGGAGGAGCAGCUGAGAAGUCAAAACUGGCCCUGGCACAUGAUGCUGUUCUCAAGGUGCAUGCCAAGAAGUGUAGCCCCAGGGAAAAACAAAUGGAAUAUCUGGCUUUGGCCAAAACUUACUUGGAGUGUGGAGAACCCAAACUGUCACUGAAAUGUCUGUUUCAGUCAAAGGAGUUCCGGCUUUGUGCAGAACUGUGUAAAAAGUUAGGAAAGAUAAAAGAUGCUGCAGUUUACUAUCAGAAGAUCCAGUGCUACAAAGAAGCAUCUGAAUGUUAUGAACAAAUUGAGGAGUUUGAUCUGGCUGUUAAAAUGUAUUGUCAGGAAGAACGCUAUGAAGAAGCAGCAAAGGCAGUUGAAAGAUAUGAAGAGAUGUUAAAUACAAGAGGACAGAUGGUUUCCAAACUCUCCUGUACAGCAAAUCAGCUGUAUUUGGAAGCAGCUGCCAAGUAUCUGAGCAUGAACAGAAGCGAGGAGAUGAUGCGGGUCCUUUCCAAGCUGGACGUGGAGGAUCAGCUGGAGUUCCUCAAGUCCCGUGGGUGCCUGCACCAGUCAGCAGACUUACUGAGAAGGGAGGGUCGAGAGGAGGAAGCUGCCAGGCUGAUGAAGCAGCAUGGCUUUCCCCUGGAGGCUGCCAACCUCACGGCUACCAAAGUGUUCCGCGCCUCCUGCUUGCUGGCUGCGGCGCGCGCUGCUGCCACUCGCUACGCACACCUGGACCUGCCCGACUUGGAGACCAUCCUGAGGGAAGCCCUCGACCUGUGUGAGCAAACCCAGCAGAAGUCUGGCAUUGCUGAGGCUGUGUUUUUGUUGGGAUCUCUGAAGGGAGACGUCAGAAAGCUGAAUAAUGCGUACUACCAGUUCCUGUCCUUGAAUCAUUCUGCUGGAGCGGUUGAAGCUCUCUUUGCAUUAUCUCGCUGCAGCAUUCCUAACCAGCAGAUGCUCUUAAUGGCAACACGUGGCUUAAUGGCUCUUCUGAGUCUGGUUAGGAGCCUGAAGAAGGCAGCCACCAAUGCAGAGAAAGAUAUGGUGAAGUCAUGCUUUGCCUACUUUGGGAUUGUCCCAACAGGUGACACUUGUCAUGUGUCUCAAAAUGAAGCUGAGCCCAUUCUCAAGUUUUUGUUAGACAAGUCAAGUCUAAAAGAGAGGAAGGCAAAAGGUGGUUUCUCAGUAGGCACAGAGGAAGUAAAAACAGCUUUGAAGCAGCACUUCUUAAGCAGGCUGUGCUCUAUCACCCAUGAAGUACUGAAAAAGCAUUACCCUGGUGCCUGUAUGAGGUUCAUCGCUGGCUUGAAAUGUGAAGAUCCAACCUGUCAGGAUUACCACAGGCCCUUGCUGCGCUGUGAAGCAAAGAUGAUCUUUCAGUGUAAAAUGCAUCUGGUGGCAGUAAAUGGAUUGCUGUUGGAAGCCACUCACACUUUCCCUAAAGAGAUGUUGAGUCAGUGCAAAAGCUUUGAUGACCUUUUGGCUGCUGACGAUUUUGCCUUGUGCAAAGAUCUUCUAGAAGUGUUUUUUCCCAGUCAUUUUCAUUUGAGAAUACUCUCUGAGAACCCAAAGGCAUGCAAAGAAAUCCUGGAAUUCAGCAACGAUAUUUCUAAGCCCUGUAGAGCAAUAUUGAAGCAGUACAUCACUUACAAGUUUAAAAAUGAAGCCACAGCAGCCAGAAGAGAGUCGACUGACUUAUGGCUACAUGCCAUGCAAGUUUUCAUCUUAUCUUCAGGGUAUCCUGAAGAAUUUGAGAAACUCCUUUUUAAGGAAGAGGAUGAUUAUAAUAAAGAGCUAAACUUUGUUUUGUCAGAGGCAAAAAACUGCCUGAAGAGUAGAGGGCAAGGAGGAAAGGCCAAAAGACUAGAGGGCAGACAUGGUAUGUUGCUUCCUGACAAAAAUGCUGACAGUACAGGAAAAACACACUUGUGCUUCAUUCGACUGCUGCAAAAUUCCCUUGAGCAAUUCUAUGUUCAUAAGAACCCAGAAAACUGUAAAAGGUUUUUUUUCCGCUUUAUGAACGUCCUGGUCAAGAAGUGCACCAGGUACCUGGUUCCAAGCAUAGGGAACACAGUGAUGCUGUUGGAGUUUCAGUAUAUUCUCUGUUGUGCUGUCCUGAUGCGUCUCUCCAAGCACAUCACUCUGUGCUUUCCCAAGAGCUACAUUGCUCUCAUCCAUUACUGGGAGUUUCUGUUCAGAAGCAGGGACCGUAGCAAGGAAUUUAGAGACACCUUUUCCAUUAUACAGGAGUACAGACCAAAGGAUGUCUGCGUAGCUGUACAGAAGUUCAGUAUUCAUCUCUGUUACCUAACAGAAGUUUUGUGUGGAGUUUAUGGAGAGUUCAAUGUCCUUCUGGAUGCCUUUAAGGACACUGACUACGUGACUUCAGGGGAGGCUGAGCGGACUGUGGUGCUGUGCUUAGUGAUGUUACUGAAUGCUGACCAGGUGCAGAGUUCUAAAUGUAGAUCCUUCCUACACCAGCUCUUUCCUGAAAUCAAGGUGAUGCUGAGAUCUAUGAGAAAAGACUCUCCCUCUAAAGUGCCUGAAAGACUGCUGAGGCUUGUGGAACAGGUCAGUGAUGCUACACAUGUAAGAGAAAUCGCUGCAAGCCUGCAAGAGCUGCUGGCAGAGCGAGAUGCAGAGUACUUGGUCGACUGCCGGUGGAAAUGGGACUCUGCCUACGUUCAGGGGCAUCCACCUGUAUGGGGCAUCCUGUAUGAAACCAUAAACCUUGACAGGUUUGUGACCCCUCUGGAUAAGACAGAAUAUGGUGAUGAACUGGAAAGGGAACUGGAAAGGGUUAAUUGCUUAGAGGACCAAAGGGAUCCCCUGGAAGUCAUUGCACUCAGCAGGCAGCAGAAGCAAGAGCAGAAAGCGUCUGCUCAGCGCCAGCUGCGGCGUGUCUUCCACUUCAUCUGUCUGUGCGUGAAGUGGAAAAGGAAGACCUGCUCCAAAGCUGAGCCUGUUGCAGUGGAAGGAGAGGAAUUUUUGUCAGGAAUUUUCAAAAAAGCAGAUAUUGACCAAACCCAGUGUGACCUCUGUGGAGUCAGAUUUAUCCAGAGCUCCGAGAACUAUUUCAGCCAGUCAGGAGACAUGGAGGCAGACACUGCUGAAGCCGUGGCACUGACAGAGAUCCAUGGGGAAGAAAGGUUGCAUGCAGAAGGAGAUGCAGUGUCUGAGGCCAGCAAGGCUUACACAGAGCACAGGAUCACAGACAAGCACAGAAAGAAUAAUGUAGCUUACCAACACUACAGUGACUUCUUCAAAAGAAGGAUAGAUCCACUAAUAUCUGAUGGGCGGGAAGUGGUGGAGGCCAUCACAGAAAAGACUGACACUCAAGAGCAUUUAGCAUAUAAAGAAGGUUCCAACUUAUGCCAAACAAAAAUCAAUGAGAACAUUCAGAAGAUUAGAGAUGCAGUGAAGGAAAUCUAUGAGAGAAAAGCCUGGGCUGAAGCUGAAAAAACACUAACUGAACAUGCCAACAAAUUGAUUGCUACCAUUGAGGAGGCUAGGAAGUGGCUGAAGAAAAUGGAUUCUCAGAGGAUAAAGGAAGAAGGCUGUAUCCAUGAUGGAGACUUGGAAAAUGAAGUGGAAGAUGAAAGCAUGGCUUUUGAAGAACUUUUCCAUAAAAAACUUUCAAGAAAAAAAGGAAAGUGUGGGAAACCCUAAUUAAUAAAAAAUUGGCAGGUGGCUAUUCUAGCCUCUUAACAGUUGAAUUUUAGAAUUAAAAAAAAAUGUUAAAAAAAAAAAAGUGAUGGGGCCAGAAAUGGGAAAAGUCUGAAGAAAAACCACAACUUAGUCUGUUUGGUGUUUAUCAUUGAAUACAGUGUCAGAAUAACUACCUGUGUGGUGAUGUUGUAAUUGUUAAAACUUAUGACAGGAAAAAAUGUCCUUUCCAGCUGAUGUAGUAGCUCAGAAGUAAUAAGCCAAAGAAAUGAACCAGUAGAGAAAAAUAAUGUUUCUGCCUUACCUCAGGAGUAUUUCUCCACUGUCUUUCUUCUUCCCUGAUAAUUUGCAUCACCAUUCUUCUGAGGUGGAACACUCAGAACAAAUCCCAGAAGAAUAAUUUCCCUGAUGUUAAGAGGUUUUAACUGCUGUUUUUAGAAGACAGCAGGUUUGCAGUAGCAACCUGAGUCUGGUAAAGUUUGGAGAUUUUGUGAGCCUUCAGGUGAGAUACAGCAGCUCUUUUCUAUUUUUAUAGACAAGAACAGUUAACUUUUAAACAGGUUCCUAUUUUUGUGUACAUCUAAUUAGUUAUGAAAAUUGCU